AUGCUCACCAAUCGCAUAUCAGAAAUAUCAUCGGGGACAAGCCCGGAGUCCGAGGAUCUCGACAUCUUCGAAUCCUCUCUCACGACAAUCUUCAACGACGUGCGCAACCAACAUGGCGAACCAGGCCAUUAUGUGGCUUAUGCUUCUCCCAAACACGGUGAGAUCAAACUUGGCUUAGCAGAUAUAGAGAAGGAACAAACCAGCUUGUUUUCUCACCAUCUAUGGAACGCCGGUGUCGAAGUUGCGGGGAUGAUUGAAACUGGGGAACUCAAUGUCGAGGGUGAAACAGUACUCGAGCUUGGAGCUGGGGCUGCUCUACCCAGCUUGAUAUCAGCCAUCACCGGGGCAAAGACUAUUGUGGUUACGGAUUACCCAGCACCAGAAAUCCUCUCAAAUAUCACAGCAAAUAUUGCUUUCAACCAAUCCAAGUUCAUUUCUUCGGAUAUCCAAGUUUACGGCCAUACAUGGGGGGAGCUUGAUGAAGAAGUCGCUAAGAAGCACGCACAUUCAUUCACGAGGAUCAUCGCUGCGGAUACGUUAUGGAUGACCUGGGAGCACGAGAACCUAGUCAAGAGCAUGUUGCAUUUUUUGAACGAUGGGCCGACAUCCAGGGUGGUUGUUGUCGCAGGACUCCACACAGGACGGCAGAAGAUGGCAAAUUUCUGGGACGUCGCGGCGAAAAGUUUCGAUAUCGAUACCAUUAAAGAACGAGACAUCGAUGGCAUAGAAAGAGAAUACGAGGCCGAUCGAGGUAUAGAGGACGUUGUGGAGAGAAAGAGAUGGUUGAUCAUAGGGACCUUAAAGAAGAAGUCUUCUUAG